CGAUGUAGCGUGGAGGGGUGCAAGAAGCAAGUGCAGACUCGUCGACUAUGCAAGGCGCACGGGGGAGGCGUACGUUGUCGGGGUCCGGACUGCCAGAAGUUAGCCCAGAGCCGAGGAUUCUGUGUGGCGCAUGGAGGCGGGCGUCGCUGUGCUGUUGAUGCCUGUCCAAAACUCGCGCAGUACAGUGGCGUUUGCCUUUCGCAUGGAGGUGGCCGGCGUUGUUGCGUACCAGAGUGCACGAAGUUUGUGCAGAUUCGAGGUUAUUGCAAGCUGCAC